UUAAAAGUUGCAGCCAGCUGUCGUGGACAUUAGCACACAUAAUCCGCCGUUGAAUGUUUGAGAGCACGGAAAGUAUUCAUCGGAUAUGCCGUAAAAUUUUCCUUGUAUUAAGAACAGCCAACAGUACUUGGCAGGAACUGCUUUAAAUUUCAUCUCCGGUAUUAUCAAUCUUCUACGGCAAAUAUUUUUUGAAACUUGUCGAAGGACGCGUGAUAAGGCGAUUAAGAGCGAAUUUUGAAGCGUUUAUGGGCUUGAAAUAUGGUUUUGAAGAAGACAAGUGGGGAAGCAAAGGGAUUAAAAAACGUAGCCAACAAAACUGGUCGUGUUAAAGGAACAAGUGAAUCGGCUUUGGUCGAUAAAAAUGGCAACAUGUUAUCUGUUGAAGCGAAUGGAAAACGAGACGAGAAGAGCCUAGGAAAACGGCAGGGGACGAAAAACGUAAACACUUCAGACAGCAAAGCCAAAGUCCCGAACAAUGAAGAAAUGAAAACUUAUGAAGCUGAUGAUGGUACAGUUUACGAAAUAGACGAUUGCGUUUAUAUUGACAGUCAGAGACCAGAUGUGCCUUUUUUCAUUUGCUCCAUCAAGGAAUUCAAAGUAUGUAAACGCGAAUGUGUCUAUAUCGGAGUGAAAUGGUUUUAUCGUCCUUCUGAAGUUCCUGAAUCUGUUUAUCAGCUUUUAGUUCAAGAUCGAAACACAGAAAACGGUUCACAGGACCAUAUUCUUGAAGAGCAAUCUGUUAAAGAGCGAGAACUGUUUGUAUCUGAUGCAGUAGACACAUAUUCAGUGAAUGCACUUCGAGGAAAAUGUCGAGUUAAAUGCCUCUCGGAAGUUUCUGGUUUGAAAGAGUUCAUUGCGCAAAGUGAUCAUUUCUUUUUUGUUCUCCGAUACAAUCCAGAAACGAGACGUCUAGCCAACCACAAAGGAGAAAUUCGAGUUGGACCUAGUCAUCAGGUACUUCUUCCAGAAUGUCGGUCAAAAUCACUGGCUCCUGAAGAACUGGCUCGCGAACCUUCCAAGGAGGUGUUGACGUGGAAUCCGAUCAUAGAGGAUUACGAUCUCCUAAUGUUUAUUGGGGCAGCUAGGAGCAUGGCGCAAUUAGCGGGCAUAUGCAAAGAAGGAGAUACCACAAAGGGAAUUAAGGCAGCUGCCAGUGAUGAAACCACUAUAAACGCUUUACAUGUGCUUCAUCGCUGUAAUUACGACACUGCUAAAGCAUUACAAUCAUUGGUGAAACGUCCGUUCCCGAAGAUUGUCCGAAUGAGUUGGACUGAAGAUGAUAAUAAAAAGUUCGUAAAAGGUUUGCGGCAAUAUGGAAAAAACUUUUACAAAAUUCGAAAAGAGUUGCUGCCUGAAAAGGAAACGGGUGAUCUCGUUGAGUAUUAUUAUGUAUGGAAAAAGACCACUUCUGCUAUGAGCUCUAGACCACACAGAAGACGUCGACACAACGUUUUGCGGAGACGGAAUAUUACUCGCUCAGCGAAGGCAGCAACUAGUGAAUUUGUUGAAUUGAGUUCGUGUAGUGAAGACGACUAUGACAGUGAAGAUAGCUACAAAGAUUUUCGUCUUUAUUGCUGUCGGCAUUGUUAUUCAUCGAAGUCUAGAAGUUGGCAUCAUGGCGGCUAUGAACGUCUACUCCUUUGCUCCUUGUGUCUAGAGUAUUUUAAAAAAUAUGGUGUUAUGAGAAAGGUAGAAGUAACUCGUGAUCCUCCGCCCUACAUGUUUAAAGGUGUAAUGGGUAAAGAGAAUGAUGCAGAUUAUUUUAUCAAUGGCAAACAGCUGCGCAGCCGCAGAAGUACACCUAAUUCUUCUAGUAGUUUAAGAUAUGGACGUUCAAAGAAUCCCGGUGUUGUUGAUGCUUCAGCAACACGUGACUCGUCACUUCCUUGUCGUAAAUUAACACGACUAACUAAGCCUGGUUCACCUUCGGGUGCAAGCACUGGAAGUAAUACAAGCAGUUCUGGUAGUAACAACACGACUCAAGCAAGCAUAAGCCGAAGGGCCAAGCGAAACGCGGAGUCAACGGUUGAAAUGCCAUUACCACUAAAGAGAAAGAAAUCUGUGUCUAGGGAGUCAGACGACGAACCUGAAACGGACCAAAGUGAAGAAAACAGCUUGCCUCUGGCUGAGCAUGAGCAGACCCCUGCUGAUGCUGACGUCGCAAGUGUUGACAACCGAGUGAGUGCAAAGGAGGACACUUGUUCCAGUCCAACGCCUAUCUCGCUUGACGACCAAGAACUACAGUGUAAAAAAGGGAAGUUUCCUGCAAGAAACUUUCCAAAUGGUAUGACAAGCGCCCGGACAUGUUUGCCUUUUAAAGUUGAUAUCCCAGAGAAAAGUGAUUCACAUAAAGAAAUAGCAGAGAAAAAAUUAAAAGAGAAAAAGGUCGAAAACGAGGAACAAAAGCGAAUUCAGAUGAAACCGCAAAAAUCGGAAAAUAAAUCUGCAUCUGAAACAAUCUCCACUCCAAACGUUACUUCGCAGCAUUAUGAUAACUACCGCAAAUACAUGUCUAGGAUAGGACGUUAUCCAUAUUCUGGGAUAACAGGGACACAUGGCGGUAUUAUGGGACACAUGGCAGUACCGAUGCAAAUGGAUAUGCCAGUGUUUCCUUGGAAUAUAAGACCUGGGGCUAUGAAGGAUUUUGAGUGGUGUGGUUCACAUAAGGCAUCUCUGAGUCGAGGAACUCCUAGUCUUUCACCUACCAUCUUACACCCACCAUCGCUAUUAGAGGGGCAUAUUGCAGGGGGAGCUCCUAUAGCGACAGAUCCAGUCACUGGACUACAUCAUUCACACUCACACAUCCACACACAUUAUCAUGUGCAUCCAGAUCAUCAACCACGAAGCUCGUUGGAACAAAGCAUGCUUUGCAGAAAUCCACCGCAUGAAAUGUGGCUACACCCUAAUUUGGGUAUUUCUGCCGCACAUUCGCAUCCGGGCAUGCCUGGUUGUCAUCCUCGACCUAUUCUUGCACCAACUGACGAUCUCAGUAGUGUGUCUCCUUUUUUCAUGGUCUUUACCCGCCAAGAGAACUUCAUCAAGAAUUAAUGAUGAGUCAAGGCCUGAAAAUUGAUCACAGUUAUCCAUUUUACCCUUCUUUAUUGUCACGUGAACAUUUCAUGCGUUUGCAACGACCUCAAGGUUCAAGGAUCGAAACUGAGCUAAGGAGAUUAGAAAAUGUAGAUGAGGCGAAUGCUAGUCUCUUGCAUCGUUCUGACGCUCGUCAUUUGCCGAGCCCAGUUUUUAAAGCACCGGAAAAUAGUGUAUACCGCAAUUCAAAAAUCACAGAAACAAUAGAUCUAUCAAAAGAUGAUUAAUAUCAUCUUCAAUAUGUGAAGAUGGAGUCUUACAAAGGUUUCAUGGGUUUCCUUAUCGAAAUUCGAAAUAAGUUUCUUAUUUUUUACAUUUAUUACUCAUAUGAUCAUAUGACUUAUUUUCGUCAACAAGGGCUACCUUCCAAACACUCUUAAAGUCCCACUAAUAUGUGGUUUUGUUUGUUUUGUUAAUCUCACGUUGUUUCUUAGAAUUAUUCAAUGGAUGAAGGGGGCGAUUUUGUAAAUAUUGCCGUUAUUUAUACUCCCACUUAGGUUUAUCUUAUAUUUGAAUUCAAAUGAAAUUACUUUUCACGAUUA